CUUCUUCGUGCUUGUGUAUUUAACGCUUGGCGCUGCCUUAUUUGUUGUCAUCGUGGCCAUUGACGCUUCAGUUUGCUUUACGGAUUCCCUGUGUAAACAACGAAAGUCACUAGCCGAGCGCGAAACGUGUACACGGAGUGUAGACGGGACAAUGCCGGGCUAUAUAGCCGUUGCAGCUGUUUUUGUUCACUGCUGCCUCAAAGCCAAAUUAUCGUUGUGGCCAGUUAGUUUGCCACUGCAGCGUGCAUUGCCCUAAAGCCGACCCCACAUACUCCAGGCAUAAUAAACAACUACAACAAGCACUAAGCACUGUACUCAAGCUCUGUGCUUGUGGCAAAUCAUUGGCACCAAUAGAACUACAAAUGUGAACCAAACGCAUAGAAAUUUCUUUUUUUGCCUUACAACAACAAUUACACAACUACACACAGAUACUCACACACACAUACACUCAAACAAAUACAACUCAACUAAUUGUGAUAUACAACAUAAAAACGCCCAAAGGCCAUCCAUGAACAACUAGAACAACAACAACUACAACAACAGCAACAACCACACACCCCUUAGAGUACAAAUUACGCACACAAACAAAAAUAUAUAUAUAUAAACAAUAAAUUACAGCCGCUCAGUAAAUAGUUUAAUACAACAAAAAUGGAUUUCGAUCAAAUACUUGCCAAAUGCGGCGAUUUCAAUCGCUAUCAGUUCAUGAUACUCGCGCUCUUUGGCUUUAUUAAUAUCAUCGUAUCGAUGCAUUACUUUACUCAAACCAUUAUAAGCUUUGUGCCCGAUCAUUGGUGCUAUCAUGAAAGUCUAGUGAAUAUGACAUACAAAGAGAUCGGCAGCAUAUACUCCAGAUUCAAGUAUCCAAGCUGUACGCGCCUAGCGGAAAUCAAUGGGCCUAAUGUAACAGUCAGCACGGAGGCGUGCGAUCGCUGGAUUUACAAUUAUGACUUUGGCUAUAGAAGCAUGAACACCGAGUUAAACUGGGUGUGUGAUUCGGCGUACAAGGCGCGCGUUGGACAGUCGCUGUUCUUUAUUGGCUCGGUGGUGGGCACACUAUUCUAUGGACUACUUGCCGAUAAGAUUGGACGAGUGCCAGCGCUCAUACUGUCUAAUUUCUGUGGCUUUGCUGGCGAUUUCUCCACGAUAUUCACCAAGAGCGUCGUCACGUUCUCGCUGUGUCGCUUCAUCUCUGGCCUGGCAGCCGAUACCAACUUCUAUCUCAUGUAUAUUAUAGUUCUUGAAUAUAUACGUCCCAGCAUGCGCACACUUGGUCUCAAUAUGGCAGUUGGCUUAUUCUAUUGCCUGGGCUUGGUGUUUACGCCUUGGCUAGCUGUGCUCGCCGGACAUUGGCAAAUCUAUUUGGCCUGCACUUCGCUGCCCAUACUGCUGGUGGUGCUCUACUAUUUUGUGGUGCAGGAGAGCGCACAGUGGCUGGUUACGCGCAACGAUGUGGAUGGCGCCAUUAUGCGCUUGAAGCGCGUGGCCCGAUUCAAUGGCCGCAUUGUUCCGCAAGCGGACUUUGAUGAGUUCCGUCGCCAUUGCCAGAUCACGCGUGAAAUGCAGGGUGGCGAUGACAAGAAGCAUGCCACGCUCAUGGACAUGUUCAGAACGCCGCGCAUGCGCAAGAAUACGCUUAUUCUAUUCUUCAAGUCAAUGGUCAUUACACUCUGCUUCGAUGCCGUGUCGCGUAAUGUGGAGGGCAUGGGCAUAUCGCCGUUCAUCAUGUUCUCGCUGGGCGCAUUGGCUGUGCUGCCGGCGAGCAUUUUGCUGGUGUUGCUGCAGGAUCGCAUUGGACGCAAGGGCAUGGCCUCGGGCUCACUGCUGGUGGGCGGUGUGUUUACGGUCGCCGCUGGCAUUGCCAUUGCUUAUCAGCAGCACAAUCACAAUGCCAUAUUGCUGGCCUGUCUGACAAUUGCUGCUCGUUUUGGCGUGGCCAUUUCAUAUGAAUCUGGCUCGCAGUAUGCGACUGAACUGAUACCGACUUGUGUGCGUGGUCAGGGCGUGGCGGCGGUGCAUGUGGCGGGCUUUGCCGCCUCCUUCUUGGCACCCUAUAUUCUGUGGCUGGGCACAUUCUUCAAGGCGGCGCCGUCCAUUAUACUGGGCGUGCUCUUCUUUGCGGGCUCCUUUGUGUGUCUGCUGCUGCCCGAGACUCUAAAUAGGACACUGCCCACGACUAUUGAGGAGGGUGAGGUGUUUGGCAAGGGCGAACGCAUGUUUGACUUCCCCUGCCUGUCGCAUCACGACGACGACGACGAAGAAGACUCCGAGCUGGAGAAGUACAAACGCAAACAUUCGCUCAUUGAUGCCAAGCAGCAGGUGGAGUCUGGUCAGUACAACAAGCGCAAGGGAUCACUCAUCGACGCGGAUCGGGAGGAGCAGGCUCUCAAGGAUGCGAAGCAUUGAGACAAACGACAAAAUGCUUUAUGACUAGCUUAUAGUUUAGUUAAACAAAUAACUCACACACACACACACACGUAUAAAUACUUAAUGGAACCAACAACUAACUCUAGCUCUAAGUAGCCCAGCUCUAUGGAAUCCAAUUGUAUCUUAGCUUAUGCUAACUAUAAAUCCAAUUGAACUGCAGUUAAAGCCUCAUAUACAUGUUUAGUUAACACGUUUACUUUAUGCAAAGGCUUUCAUUCUUAAAUAGACUUAUACAUAUUUGUACGUAUAUACACCUCUAUAUAUAGUAUAUAUAAUUAGUUGAUAAAUAACUACUAUACCCUGUAAUGUGCUACAACCAUUGUACAGCGGAAUUGAAUCGCAUAGUUAACAUUUAAGCGGCACAAUUUCACUUAAUUUCAAUCAAUACAAACAUAUAUAGCUACAUUUAUUUAUAAGUGAAUAAGUAUUUGGGUGUAGCUCAAUUUCGAUGUCAUGCUGCUACACCGAUAAUAAUUUCGAUUUAGAAAACAAACAAUAAAAAUAUAAAACUCUUACUUGUAC